AUGCUGCUGAUCCUGCUCUCCGUGGCCCUGCUGGCCCUAAGCUCUGUUCAGAGCGCACCUAGAGAUGUCAACUACCAUGGCUAUUCCUCACUGAUAGCAGUGGGAAUUCAUGAAUGGAAAUAUAGGCCACCUUUCCCCAAGCUCUAUUUGGGGACCACUAAACAAGAUCACAACUUGAGUUUUACCUCACAGUUAGAUUUCCUCUACGAGGAGGACUCCAAAGAGGAGGCCCACAAGGGGCAUUCCAACAGGGUGGACCACAAGGAGCAGCACAAGAAGGACCACAGGGAGGAUUCCAACAAGAAGGACCAGAGGGAGCAGCACAACAGGGAGGCCAACGAGGAGGACCACAGGGAGGACCACAAGGAGGCCCACAAGGCGCAGGCCAACGAGGAGGACCACAGGGAGGACCACAAGGAGGACCACAAGGCGCAGGCCAACGAGGAGGACCACAGGGAGGCCCACAAGGAGGCCCACAAGGUGCAGGCCAACGAGGAGGACCACAGGGAGGCCCACAGGGAGGCCCACAAGGUGCAGGCCAACGAGGAGGACCACAGGGAGGACCACAAGGUGCAGGCCAACGAGGAGGACCACAGGGAGGCCCACAAGGCGCAGGACAACGAGGAGGACCACAGGGAGGACCACAGGGAGGCCCACAAGGAGCAGGCCAACGAGGAGGACCACAGGGAGGCCCACAGGGAGGCCCACAAGGAGCAGGACAACGAGGAGGACCACAGGGAGGCCCACAAGGUGCAGGACAACGAGGAGGACCACAGGGAGGCCCACAAGGCGCAGGACAACGAGGAGGACCACAGGGAGGACCACAGGGAGGCCCACAAGGAGCAGGCCAACGAGGAGGACCACAGGGAGGACCACAGGGAGGCCCACAAGGAGCAGGACAACGAGGAGGACCACAGGGAGGACCACAGGGAGGCCCACAAGGAGCAGGCCAACGAGGAGGACCACAGGGAGGCCCACAGGGAGGACCACAGGGAGGCCCACAAGGAGCAGGCCAACGAGGAGGACCACAGGGAGGCCCACAAGGAGCAGGACAACGAGGAGGACCACAGGGAGGCCCACAGGGAGGACCACAGGGAGGCCCACAAGGUGCAGGCCAACGAGGAGGACCACAGGGAGGACGACAGGGAGGCCCACAAGGAGCAGGCCAACGAGGAGGCCCACAGGGAGGACCACAGGGAGGCCCACAAGGCGCAGGCCAACAAGGAGGACCACAGGGAGGCCCACAAGGAGCAGGCCAACAAGGAGGCCCACAAGGUGGCCCACAAGGAGGACCACAGGGAGGCCCACAGGGAGGCCCACAAGGAGCAGUCCAACAAGGAGGACCACAGGCAGAAUCCCAAGAAGCAGAAGCACAAGCAGAACAACAGCAGGAACAAUCCCAACAGGAAUCACAAGGACAGCAACAACAGGCAGAAUCCCAAGAAGAGGAACAACAGGGAGGCCCACCGGCAGGAUCACAGCAAGGAGGACCUCAAGGAGCAGCCCAACAACAAACACCCCAAGGAGGACCCCAACAGGGAGGACCCCAAGGAGCACCCCAGCAGGGAGGACCCCAAGGAGGAGCCCAACAAGGAGGACCUCAAGGAGCACAACAGGGAGGAUCUCAAGGAGCACAACAGGGAGGACCCCAAGGAGGAGCCCAACAGGAAGAACAACAAGGAGAACAACAACAGGAGACCCAACAAGAAGCUUCUCAGUAAGAAUCUUCCCUGUAACCUACAAAGCAACCACAGGCACCCACAAGGUAAAUUUGCAGCAGCAGGUCUCCAGCAUAAGUGGCAGCACAACCAGUCCUUGAGCUAUCACUUACUAACCACCAUGCUGUGCAUUAGCAAAAACCUGGCCCACAAGGUGCAGGCCAACGAGGAGGACCACAGGGAGGACCACAAGGAGGCCCACAAGGAGCAGGCCAACGAGGAGGACCACAGGGAGGCCCACAGGGAGGCCCACAAGGUGCAGGCCAACGAGGAGGACCACAGGGAGGCCCACAAGGAGCAGGACAACGAGGAGGACCACAGGGAGGACCACAGGGAGGCCCACAAGGAGCAGGUCAACGAGGAGGACCACAGGGAGGCCCACAAGGCACAGGACAACGAGGAGGACCACAGGGAGGACCACAGGGAGGCCCACAAGGAGCAGGCCAACGAGGAGGACCACAGGGAGGACAACAGGGAGGCCCACAAGGUGCAGGCCAACAAGGAGGACCACAGGGAGGCCCACAAGGAGGCCCACAAGGCGCAGGCCAACGAGGAGGACCACAGGGAGGACGACAGGGAGGCCCACAAGGAGGCCAAAAAGGAGGCCCACAGGGAGGAUCACAGGGAGGCCCACAAGGAGCAGGCCAACAAGGAGGACCACAAGGUGGCCCACAAGGAGCAUCUCAACAAGGAGGACCACAGGGAGGCCCACAAGGAGCAGGCCAACAAGGAGGCCAACAAGGUGGCCCACAAGGAGGACCACAGGGAGGCCCACAAGGACCAGCCCAACAAGGAGGACCACAGGCAGAAUCCCAAGAAGCAGAAGCACAAGCAGAACAACAGCAGGAACAAUCCCAACAGGAAUCACAAGGACAGCAACAACAGGCAGAAUCCCAAGAAGAAGAACAACAGGGAGGCCCACAGGCAGGAUCACAGCAAGGAGGACCUCAAGGAGCAGCCCAACAACAAACACCCCAAGGAGGACCCCAACAGGGAGGACCACAAGGAGCACCCCAGCAGGGAGGACCCCAAGGAGGAGCCCAACAAGGAGGACCUCAAGGAGCACAACAGGGAGGACCCCAAGGAGGAGCCCAACAGGAAGAACAACAAGGAGAACAACAACAGGAGACCCAACAAGAAGCUUCUCAGUAAGAAUCUUCCCUGUAACCUACAAAGCAACCACAGGUAG